GUUUAGGUGAGAUAUUAGGAAGAAAAUCUUUGCUGUGAGGGUGGUGAGCUCCUGGUGCAGGUUGCCCAGAGAAGCUGUGGCUGCCCUAUCCCUGGAAGUGUUCAAGGCCAGGUUAGACGGGGCUUUGAGCAACCUGGCCUGGUAGGAGAUGUCCCUGCCCAUGGCAGGGGGUUGGAACUAGGUCCUUUGCAACCGUAGCCAUUCUGUGCUUCUAUGAAUUGGUUGGGUUUUGUGGGUGCGGUGCAAGACAAUGAGGUAAGACCAGGGCUCUGGGGUGAGCACCCUUCAGGUAUCCAAAAAUAACGCUCUGUGUGGUGAAACACAAGGUACAUGAGGAGAAACUGGCAAAACCACACUAGUCUGAGCUUCACCUUUGUAGACAUUUACCUAGGUGGGUAAACUGGCUCGAACCGGCUGGCUGAUUAAACUGGUCCAGUUUUGCAGCAGGACAGGGUCUUGGAGUGACUUCUGGCCUUACCUGUGGACGGGACUUAGCUGAUUUCUGCAGUGACCUUGAGCAAGCUGUUCUUGUUCCUUCUGCUUCAUCAUUGCUCCCUGCAAAGCAAAGGGCACAAAUCAGUGCAGCCAGAGGAGGAGCUAACUAGUGCUUUUUAGAUAAUUGUUUCCAGGAAAAAGGUGGCUGAGUGGUUCCACCAGCUCGAGGUACCAUGGUGGUGGUGCUCUGCUCCUCUUUCAGUACUGCAAAUAAUUUCCUUUAUUAAAACACCUUGCUGAUUGUCAGGACAGGACCCCUCAGCCCAGCUGUCCUGUGCAGUCUGUGUGCUGGGAAACCAGCAAGAAAGCUCUGGAGCUUUUGCCCACCCGUUCCCCAAGUGAACAAGCGUGGAUCUGGGCCUAUGGUUGUUGAAGCAGCUGGUGUCAUCUGACCAGCCGAGGGGAUGUCCUGCACCUAGGGCUCCUCGCAGACAUCAAGCUGCUGAGCAUUUGCCUGCUCUCAGAUAAUGUUAAACUUUGUUGUGUUACUGUAGCUGGGUUGGGUUUUCAAAAAGCAUCCCAAAACUCAGAAGGGUGGGAGUUGCAGCUUUAUAACGAACCUACUGAAAAUAGGGAAUGGGAUUAUAAUCCUAAUCCAGGAGACCUUUCUUUGGACUGCCAGGGAAACUGUCCUUUAAUCUUCUUUUCUACUUUAUCUUCUCUUUAAAGCCUCCCUGCUAAUCAGCAUUAAUUUUGUUUGACUCUUGUGAUGUCUGUCCUUUGCCUUACUGGUUGUGUUGCUGCCUCCCAGCUAAAAUCCAGGGCAAAUUUAGCAAGUGGGAGCAGACCAAGGAAUGUUCCUCACCCUAGUGAUAACCUCCUGCAGCCUCCUUUGGGGACCACCUUGUCUUUUUGCAGCCCAUUAGGGUCUAUGUGGCCGUUUGUCCUCAGUCCCAAGUGUGCCACCUCCCCAAAUAAGAGGGUCUUUAUUAAAUAGCUGUGCUGUUCUGUUGCUGGUCCGCUCCAGCCCGCUGUGAUUUUGGUGAUCCAUGGUGGUCAGGGUAGAUCCAAAACCAUUUUAGGCGUAAACUACUGGAGGAGAGAGAUGCUCUGUGCUAGGUAUUUGAAGAUUGACUGCUCUGAAAAUGCCAAAUAUGAGCAAAAGGGGGAAAAAAAUGAGCUUCUGUUAGAAAUAAAUACGUGCCUGUAUGUUGCUGCUGCCAACAGCUUGAAAAUGUGACGUGCAGAUGCCUUACUGGGCUGGGAACCAAACAGGAGGUUUAAAAAGCCACGUAUCCGCCAGAUCUGGUUUCUCAGGCUUUUUUGUCGCUUUACUUGUGGUUUUUGAGGGCUUCAGGUUGCCAGAGGGAGAGGAGCUGUGUUUGACAGGGCUGGGGCAGCGGAGAAGCCAGGGCAGGAUGUUAAUAUCGGUGUGCAGACCGGCUUGUCAUUAGGAGCGAUUUCUUGGGGUCAGGGUGUGUGUUAAAUCUGAUGGUGGAGAAGAGGGCACCCGCUCCCUCGUCUGCGCUGCUCGUGUCUCGAGGCAGGGAUUCCGUGACGUCUUUGCUUUUCACUUCCCAGGCCUCCACCAGCUGCCCCCAAAAUCCCGCACCGUGCCAGGUGGUGGGUGCCUUCUGAAAAUGCUCCGUGGGAGCUGUUUUUGCUCUGCGCUGGCACAGAUUCCCAGUUUGCCAGCUGGGUGUUUGCCGUCUGCCACCCACGAGGGCCCAACCCCUUCAUCUGGCAAUGGAAAUGGCUUUUUUCCCCUCUAAAUUGCGGCUUGUUUUUCUCUGCAGAUCUCCAGCAAAAGAGAAGGGAUACAUUUGAAGGGAGGCAAGAGGAAGCACCUGCAAGUCUCUCGGUUUAUUUUUAGACCAUUUCCCAAAGAUGUGAGGCUUGUGAUCGCAACUUGUGUGUCUUUUCCCACUUUAGUCCUGAAUAUUUUUGUGAAAAAAAGGGAGUACAGUAAAGGAGAGCAUUUCUAUCUUCCCCUGAUGCCCUGCCCGUGCUAUUUCAGGCAGAAAAGCAUCACCAGCACCAGGGUGGCACAGACCCUGCAGGGUCCCACCAUGGAGGUGCUGGGACAUGCUGUUUGGAGACUUGGGUUCAGAUUCACGUGGGCAAGAGAAGGAGUUUCCCUGUCGCCUUCAUGAAGUAGCCUGAGGUGAAGCAGUGGCUGGAGGCAACAGCCAUGGGGACUUCAGUCCAAAAGAAGAGGAGCGUUGUCUGCAGAAGCUGAAAUCCUGGCUAAAGUCACAACUGAGUGAUUUUCUAGAAGAGUUGCCUCAAUUACACCACUGUUGGGUGUGUAGUCUGAGCACAGCAGCUUUACAGCCUGGGUUUUAUGCCUGAUGUGCGUCAAUGCUAUCCAAGAGCCCAUCCGUUCUUGGUGUCUGUGGGCACCACCACUUCAUCACCAGUUAAAGAGGUGCUAUGUUUGAGAAGGAGGGUGGGCUGGAGACCUCCCAAGGUGCUCUCCAACCCGAAUGAACUGGUGGUCUCGCUGGAAGGUGCCACACCUCCCUCUGACCCACAGAUAGCAGCUCUUCCCUGUGUGCUUUUACAUUGGUGACUGGGGGGGACCUGAGACCCAUGAGGUUGCAUGCAGAGACAGGGACAGUCUUCCUCUGCUGAAGUGCCAGGCUGGCACGUGCCGCCACCUGUUAGCGGUGUUUGCAGCUUUAUCAGCCUGGAGAGCAGGGAGCAGAGAAGAAACCACAAGAGGAGAUUAAAGACCAGCGAGCUGUUUUCAUUGGCCAUCUUAAAAUUGCAGCUCGGUAAUUAAGGCUUUAGGCAGCUCACAAAUAGCCCAGCUUUCUGCCGGCUCGCUCAUAUUGUGAGCCUGUCGCUGCUGCGAGGAGCUGGAUUUUGUACCUUGGCUGAAAGGGAGUAAAAGCAAAAGCCAUGCAGGGGCCGAGACCAGUGGUCCUGAGUGGUCCAUCAGGUGCAGGGAAGAGCACUUUGUUAAAGAAAUUGCUUAAAGAUUAUGAGAACAUCUUUGGCUUCAGCGUCUCCCAUACCACGAGGCAGCCAAGACCUGGAGAAGUAAACGGCAAAGAUUACCACUUUGUGACCAGAGAGGAAAUGCAGAAAGAAAUCGAUGCUGGUGAAUUCAUCGAGCACGCAGAGUUCUCCGGAAAUAUGUACGGGACGAGUAAAGGUGCAGUGCAGGCUGUUCAGGCCCAGAACCAGAUCUGCGUCCUUGACAUCGACAUCCAGGGCGUGAAGAACAUCAAGAGGACAGACCUGAAUCCCAUCUACAUCUCCGUGCAGCCUCCAUCCAUAGACAUCUUGGAAAAAAGACUACGUGACCGGAAGACUGAGACAGAAGAAAGUUUACUGAAGCGUUUGACUGCAGCCCGCGUAGAUUUGGAACUUAGUAAAGAGCCUGGCCUGUUCGACUUGGUCAUUAUUAAUGAUGAUUUAGAAAAAGCCUAUUCCGAAUUGAAGGAGAUACUCCUGGAGGAAAUCAAGAAGACGCAAGAAUCCAGGAAGUCCUGAGCUGAGCCUGCUUGGAUGUUUUAACUUUGCACAUCAUUCCCGAAGCGAGUCACACCAUUUCAUUCCGAGAGACUUUCCCCUUUAGGAUGAUCCUCCUCCCAAGUUAGUCUAGGAUGUUUCUAUUAAAAGGAAAGAAAACGAAAACCCCGU